AUUUUAAUCCAAAGAGGCUGUAAAACGCAAGCGAGCAACUUGCAAUUGAAAAAUCCAGAUCAGAGUUUAAUCCUGAGGAAGAAUAAUGACCUUGUUUUAAAUGUAAGGGAUAAUCAAAGAUGCACACUUCACCUGCUCCCUGCUGCUAUUACUCCGUUCCUAACAGCUUCCUUCACCGUCCUCCGCUCAACACCAAGCUUUCUUUUCUUACCAAUCAAAUCUACACCAAAAAUUUUUCUUCUUUAGCUCUCCUCACAACCAACUAUUGUAGCAAAACCCCAGAACGAAGAAGCCCCAACAGCCAAAGCACCUCAUACCCAGGUCGUCGAAGAGCCACACUGUUUCACCAAUUCCACUCUUUCACCGGUAAAAACACCAAUUACCAACACCCAGAACCCCAAAACGAAGAGCAAAGCGGUCCCAGAGAGAGAGAAUUCUUCAAAUUUGUCUGGGUAAUUUUCAUAAACAUGUGGUGGCUGGACUUGAGAGCAGCAUUGGGUCAAAGAAUCAAUGUUGAAGGCGUUGUUUCUUCCGUGUCAGUGAUGGUAAGGGACCAACAUUUGGCACUGCCACAUGUUAAGGUCCCUGAUAUGCGGUAUAUUGACUGGAACGAACUACGUAGAAGGGGUUUCAAGGGUGUUGUGUUUGAUAAGGAUAAUACAAUCACCGCUCCUUACUCUUUAACAUUGUAUCCUCAUCUUGCAUCCUCACUUGAGCAGUGUAAAGCUGUCUUUGGUCAUGAUGUUGCUGUGUUUAGUAACUCUGCUGGUCUUCUUGAGUACGAUCGUGAUGGUUCAAAAGCAAAAGCACUGGAGAGGACCAUUGGGAUUAAAGUUGUAAGGCAUGGAGUGAAGAAACCAGCUGGAACAGCUGAGGAAAUUGAGGAACACUUUGGCUGUAAAUCAUCACAACUUAUCAUGGUGGGUGAUCGACCCUUCACUGAUAUUGUUUAUGGGAACCGAAAUGGGUUUUUCACCAUAUUAACUGAGCCAUUGUGUCUUGCUGGCGAGCCGUUCAUUGUUAGGCAGGUGAGGAAAUUGGAGCUAAUCCUUGUAAAUCGAUGGCUUAGAAGAGGUUUAAAGCCAAUUGAUCAUGCUCUGCUUUCAGAUGCGCCAAGUUGCGUGAAAGAUCUGCAUCAUCUGUAAUGUAUUUCAUGGAUAAAUAUAAAAGCCAUUGUUCAUGUAGCUGGCAAAAAAAAAAAAAAAAAAAAAAAAAAAGAGAAAAGAAAAGGAAAAACUUUGAUUUAUUAUUAUUUGUUUUUGUGUAAACACUUGAAACUUGUUUAGUUUUGUUCUUCAUUUGGUCCACCACCACCGUGGAGCACAAAAUGAGGAACUAAAAACUGACGAGGUAAAACCAUUCUGGCACUCUAAACCUAAAAUUCUUUUUGUUUACUCUUGAGAGCGAGCUGAAUUAUUUAGUUAGAUGGCUCUGAUAUACGUGCUUUGAACUGGAGAGCAUUCUUACUCAUGGUGUAUUAGCGCAUGACAAGACGGUGAAUACUCGAAGGAUGGGGUUAUUCGACAUUUCAAUUUAUACAGCUGCUUUGUUUUCGGCAAAACUCUACUUUUAGUCCCUCAUCUUGUUAGGUUUGAAGGUUUUAGGCUCUCAUCUUAUACUAUGAUAUUUUUAACCCAUCACUUAUUAAAAUUAAAAAGAAUAA